GGUGCGUCACCUAAAGAGGGGGGUUUUUCUCAAUUCUUUGAACGUUCGUAAACCCGAUCGCCGCAAGACACGAUCCGUCGUUCACCACCCCGAUGGUUCGUCGCCUAGUGAACCACGAUCAGUUGCAGUCUUUCGUUCGCGACGUUUGGUUGUGCAUGGUGCGCGUUUCCCACCACCAGUACGGGUGUUUGUAUAGCAGCUGGGUAUAGAAGGUCCAAUCGAACGAUACAACAACAGAUACCGAAACGAAACUCAACGACGCCGAAUCAAAUAACGAUAGUGCUUAAUGGUGUAGCGGCAUGCCCAUUGCAUAUCGGUGGGUGCGUGUGGAUCGGUGAAUUUUGAACGACAUUCCCAUUGUCGAUGCAAGUGAUCGUGCAUUAUGUAUGGAGCGUGCCAACAUUUCGCGGUGCCUGUGUCUGUGUGUGUGUAGAUGAAGUGUAACAGCGGAGAUUGCCGUUGGGAGAAAUGUUUUGCUUCUUGCAACUACACUGAUUCAUCAUGAUUAUCGCGUUGCAUAGUGCAAUAAAUUCCACUGUCGAUCGGCACAUUGAGGGUGGUGUUCGUGUGUGUAUUUCUAAGCCUUAGUGCACGAAGAUAGUUCAUAUAGAAAGCCAUUUGUGAACGGUGUGAUUUAGAAAUAUCUUCAACACUGUAUGAAAGAACCACAAGAGAAGUCAACUUUAGGUUUUUUGGGAAUCAAACAGUGUCAUCAUCCACCGCGAACGAAUUAAAAAAAUCUCCAAUUUAAAUACAUCAAGGUGUGUGCAUCAUCAGAAGGUCGUAAAUUGGUUACGGGAACGCCAAUCAACACAUCUUGGCACAUCUUGGCUCGUUUUUUAGGGGAAGCCUCAUUUCACCAGUGCUAUUUUCUUUCGGGACACAACAUUUACGGCACCACUGGUAAACGGUUGCCAGACACGGAUCGUGAUGGCUAGAGUAUAGAACAACCAAAGUACUUACAGUGAAAGAGAAACAAAUACUUACCCAGCGGACGUAGUUUAUGCAUCAAAAAUAUGUUGUACGUGCAGUGAUUGACGGAGUCAACAAUUUGAGUGACCUUUAAAUGUCAAACUACACGUCGGAUUGAGCGAAAACGCUAUCAAAACCCCAAAAAAAACCAACGAACGGAAACUGCAAAAAUGGGAUACUUUUCCAAACGAAACAUAUUCAUCUACUGCUGCAUAUCGGCAUGCUUAUCAUUGCUUACCUAUCUGGUGGCGUUCUCUUGCGAAAUCUCCUGGAUAUUGGAGGCUCGCGGUGACUUGCCCAUACCGGCCUAUCUACUGUGCGCCCAGUUCUUCAUUCUCUUCAUCUCGUCCGCGAUCUUGAUCCAUGGCCUGUCUACGGGCAUUUCAUGGGGUCUUCUCAGCUGGUCGAUUAUUAUCGGUGUGCUGUCGGUUCCGGAACUGGCACUAGUCAUGUACAUGACCAUACAAUAUUGGGGUCUACAAUCGGCGCACGGGCUAACGGAAUUAAUUGGAUAUUUAAUACGUUUAAUAGUCAACUGCUUAGCACUGUUGUGCGUUAUUCCGACAGCAUUGAGAUGGCGACAGGAGAAGAAAGUGUUAUCCCAGCUCGAAUCACUUGCCUCCCGACUGCAGCUGACAACACCGACACCUACUACUCCUUUCAACGCAACCACCGGCAUGAACUCACUGCGAGCAAGCAAGCGAAGCACUCAGGGCGCUCCAAACGGUCCUAGCCGUAGGCCUUCGACCGGGUUCGAUAAUCCAGGUUACGUUCCACACGAAAACAACUCCCUAGACAUCGUACAGCAGUACACGGCGUACAACAACCUGUACGGGUCACAGAGUGAAUUUAAUGCCAGCAUUUUUGGACUAUCGCCAGCGAUGCCGACCGGUCCACCGCCGCUAGUGACCGAGUGCAAGAAGACACAGUCACUGCUUGAUUUGCGCUUUAUCUUUCCACCAAAGUUUCUCUCGACGCACGCAACGAUCAGUGAGAAGAAAUCCAAAGACUCUUCCCCGGCGGCCGAUGAACCGGACAGUGUAUUGCACAACAAUCUGAAGAACCAAAUCCACAACAAGCUGCACGACGUGCCAGAGAAUGGGACAUUGCGGAAUGCCCGGGAGAAGGACACGAAUGCUUCGAUCGAUCACACGGGUACGAUCGCUACUCUGGGCGGUGAUGGACCAGCGGCAGUUGCAAACGAUCCCAUCUACUAUACGAUCGAGUCGACCAAGAAUAACAAAAUAUUGGGCCGUAACUGUGUAUCGCUCGAGAAUCUGGGUAACAUUACUUUCUCGGAAUCGCCACUACCAGUUAAGAAGCACGACCAACCGUACUACCGGUACGGACAUAAUCUCCUCAAAAACUAUGCCAUGAAUCCGUGGAAUGUUCUCGCCUACAAUCCAGCUUACAGUGCCUACCCGGCGGCAUAUUACCACUAUCAUCUGAUGAACCCGUACCAUCUUUAUCAACUGCAGCACCAUGGUAACUACGGUGGCGCUGGUAGUGCGAUGCCUCCCGGGGGCUACUUUGCCGGACAUCCUCAUGCUGGAUUUCACGGUGCACCUGCGAGCUAUGGCAAGAGUCACUCCCAAAUAGCAAGCUACGGUUAUGGCAACAAUCUGUAUCUGAACGGUGCCACCGAUAGUCGACAGUCACUCGGCAACGAGUCGGACGAUUUUCGAAAGUAUCGCGAUGUGGCACUAUAGUAAACGGUAAGUUGGUUACCAACUUGCGUACGAGAUAGCGAUUGUGUUAUCAGUCAGACUAAGGGAUCGUAGCAAUAGUAAGCAAAGGUAGAUGUAAUGGAAAUACUCAGAUGCAAUAGACAGUAGGAUACGCGACUUAGGAAAUAACGACACGAAACCACGAACACUUCGACUGAGUUACCUCAAGUAUAAAUAAUGAAACAGCAACAUAGAUGGUUUUGUAGGGUAGACGUUACCCUACGUUCACUUCUCUGCAGUCCACGAGGACCUCGUAGGAGCUUGGGAUGUACAGCUGCUUACAACCUGUUGUUUAAAGAAUGUUAUUUAUUGUAAUGUUAGUGUAAGUAAAUCAUUAAACAUGAAAACGACUAGCAAA